AUGGAUGAUGACUGGGUUCUCAUCGACAGCGAUCCACAGAAAUUUUUUGAGAUGAUGAUAGAAACGCUACAUGAUAAACUUGUUCAGAUUAAGGACAAGAUUCAAGAUUAUUCUCCCGAAGACCUGGAGAAAUGUGAGCAAUGGGUCAUACUAAUUAACGUCCCUUGCACCAUGAGUGACAUCAACUCUGAAUAUGUACCGACACAACUCAAACAAAAGACUGAAAGUGUGUUUGAUUUACUGGAAUCGCUACAAAACUCCAUUGAGAAAUACAAAAAACGAGGAAAAGUCCAAGUUGAACAGGAGGCAAUUAAGAAGGAAAUAAACAAAAACGAAAAAUUACAAUUCCGAAUGGAACAGUUAGACCGACAAAUACAGCUGUUUAAAACGGAAGAAGAACGUCUAAAGGAAAAGGUGUCAACUCUUGAGCUACAAAAGGAAGGUCUACUUACCAGAUUAAGCCAAGUUGCGGGUCUGAAGGUGUACGACAACAAUCCAAAUAUACAAGAUUUAUCAGACACAAAGAGACCAAUGAAGCUAGCAGAGGCUUUUGGAGAACUGUACGACAAUGAGUGGACCAACGCGUUGGAGGAGCUUCUAAAUCAGAAUGCAACAGAAAGAGUGGCUAUUGAUCAGCUAACGAAUACUUUAAAAAAUAUCAACGAUACCUGUCGAUCUCUAGCACGGGAUCAACGGAAACAGUUCCUAAAGAGUUUAUCAUUUUGUGAAACACUUUCUGACGAUGGAGGAGAAUGCCUUCAGCAGUCCUUAAGAAAAGCGAUGAAAACAUUUCAGAAAGAAAAUGCAAUGGAAAUUUACCAGUUUGUCAAAGAGCGAAUAGAUCGGCAAAUUGGCAUAGAUAAUCUCAGCACUGAGAUGAAGAAUUAUGCGCACCGGUGUGCAGAGUUGUCGUGGCUAAUGAACGUACAAGAUCCGCCUCUCCUGCUUCACUUUAAUGCAGCCGCUGGAGAGCCGGUUGAUAAACUGCUCUUCAGUCUUUAUACCAGAUCUGGAAAUGUGGUGGACUAUGUUGUGUGGCCUGCAGUAGUGUAUGAAAACGGUGCUGUUUACCGGAAAGGUGUACUGCAGCCAAUUUAAAAGAAUAUUAUAAAAUUAAUGCUUAUUACACAGUGAUUUGUGGCUGUUAUUUUUUCGUGUGGUAAUUGUAAAAAAAAAAUCAUAAAAAACAAAAUUAUUUUUGAGUAUUAUCAAAAACAAAAUUCUCUCUGUUUAUCAAAAUGUAUUUAUGAAUUUUCUCUCUUUUGUAUUAGGCCAAGAUGACAAUAUUUACGUUUAAGAACCGAAUAUUACAUUGUACAGAACUCUUGUACCUGGGGACAAGCCUUGUUUCAUGUUUAUGUUUUUAUUAUAUUUUAAAUAAAAUAUUUUAAUCCUAAA